CGGCUCGCCGUGCUUCGGGGAUAUCUGCGCCAUGGGCACCUGCAAGGAGCUGCAGGUGAUCAUCCCGUUUACCAACAUCUCUCCCUACGAGUGCGAGUGCAACCCCGGGUGGUCUUGGCCCAACGUCACCUUGCCAUUGUCAUCGGCAUUGCCAUUGCCGCCACACCUAUUUCUGUCAUGCACCAUCCCCACAUGUGUAUCGACACCGGAAUUCACCUGCUACAAGCCCAAGCUGCCAAAUGCCGCCAACACAACCCUACUUGACCCCUGCUCAUACAACGAUUGUGGCUCGGAAGGCACGUGCGUGAGGGAAGAGGACCUCCGGUUCCGGUGCCAGUGCAACCCCGGCGCAACCAAUGUGAAAAGCAAACCUUACAUGCCUUGCAUCAAGAAUUGUGCCAUCGACGACAAGGGCUGCCCAGUUUCCUCUUCAACGGCGCCACCUGGCUCUGUUUCUUUGAAGAACCGGCUGCGGCUGUCGCUGCUGCUGGCCUCGCUUGCGGCGCUUCACGCUGUGACUGUGUGAUCAAGUGACAGUAGUACACUGUGUGUGGCCUGUGAGUGAUACGGACGUGCACGGCUAGCUAGUACCGAGGGGGCUGCACUGCAACGUACGUACGCUAUGUAUGGUGUGUACUUCGUAUGCCAGUUCACAAGACAAGAUAGACGAGAGCAAAGCAAAUUAUGGGGUUUGCAUAACCCGGUUUUGCCAAAUUAAUUUUAGCAAAUAAUGGGGUGUGCAUAACCUGGCACAAUUUUAUUUCUAGUGAGGAACAUCAAAUAUACAUCACAAUAGCUAUAUGUAAUUUUGUGGGAGGAGUAAUGUUUCAAGGAGGAAGAAAAAAGAAGGACGACCGUUGGAUCUCAAUCCAAUGGCCUACACAACUGACUUACCCAAAAUAUUUUUUUUAUAGAUGACUUAUGUGUAGCCAAUCCAUACAUACAUACAUACAUACACGUACACCAAUGCAGAACCGGGCAUUAUCACCGGUUCGAAAGGCCCUUUAGUACCGGUUCAUACGAGCCAGCGCCGGGGAUGUGG